AUGUUUAUAUUUUUUCUAUUAUUUCUUCAACUUUGCUCUGGUGAAUAUGUGGUCGAUGUAUCGAAAGCAUUUCAACAAUUCGAUGGAAUUGGAGCAAUUAGUGGCGGGGGAGCGACAUCCAAACUACUUUUUUCUUAUUUCCCGAAACGGGAGCAACGAGAAAAAAUAAUGGAAAUUCUAUUUAAUAAGAUAAAUGGGCUUCAAUUAUUGAAAGUUGAAAUGGGAGGAGACGAUCAAAGCACAGAAGGAUCCGAAUCUUCGCAUGAGAGCGAGAAAGACAUGUACAAUACGCAUACCUAUGAAUUUCGGCUGAUUGACGAAGCAAGAAAGGUGAAUAGCGAUUUGAAGAUAUGUGUUCUUCCGUGGACGUUUCCCGGAUGGCUUGGAAAAUCGCCGUAUGAAAAUGCCACGUUGACAAUUGAAUAUGUAUUGGAUUGGCUGAAAAUUGCACUAAAACUUUAUCAUAUUGACAUUUAUUGUGUUGGUAUUUGGAACGAACGCAAUUUUUCCGAGAACUAUACAAAAUUACUUCGAGAAGCGCUUGACAAAAAUGAUUUUCGAAAUGUGAAAAUUGUGGCGGGCGAAGGUUUUAAAAUGGAUGAAAGCUAUUCGAGACUCUUAAACGAGAAUUUCAAAAAUGUUUAUGACGUUAUUGGAACAUUUAUUUGGCAUUUGGUUUCCGCUUUUUAUCCGCAAAUUGCUUGGUAUCGAUGCGGUCUCGCUUAUUUGGAUGAACACAAAUUCAGAACCGAAGUCGCAUUUCAAGCUCUACAAUACACAACUGGACAUGCUAAGCCGGGUUGGAAGAUUUGCUCGAACGGGUAUGGAAGUGGGGAACUCGACAAUGGGGGAACUUAUGUUACCUACACAAAUGGUGAACAUUUCUCAAUAAUUAUUGAGACAAUGACAUAUGAAAGGUCAAAAUGCGAGUAUUACCCUGAUACACCGUACAAAAUCAAAGCGAGUCAGAAAAUCAAAUUCAAACUUCCCACUGGAUUUAAACAAUAUCGAGCACUGAAUGUUUCCUUCAACUACGAAUCGCCGUCUCAAAUUGCAAUAAUUGAUCGUACUGUGGAAUUAGAAGUUGGACAUAAUUCGAUUGGAGUUCUUACCACUUUGCCGAUAAUAAUUCCAAGAAUGUAUACAAGAAAUGUUAAACUUCCGGAAAAAUAUGAAGAUAACUUCGAAGAUUACGAAUACGGCGAUGAACCUCGGUAUUGGAUGCCCCAAAAAGGGGGAUGGGAAGUGCGUCGCGGAAGCGCAGUGCAAAAGACACUCCGACCGCCAAUCAGUUGGUGCACAUCCAACAUUUUAACACCAUACGCAGUGAUGAAGUUCCGAAAUACUCGAAACUUUCUAAAAGUCGCCGUCAAAAUUCCGCCGGAUUCGACGGCCAAUUCAACAAUUAUUGGACUCCAAAGCAGUUGCAGCGGAUGCGACAUUGAGAAAACGAAUUGUCGUGGAAUUUUCGCAGAAAUCAAUUUCAAUGAUUCCAUUCUACACGUUUUCGCCGAUUUCGUAACUCGAACGACAAUAGCCAAAAUUAAUUUGGAUCUAAAAAUCGAUGCGAAUAAAUUCCAUCAAUUCCAAAUAAGACUCGUCAAUCACAAGAAUAUUCAAAUCAAAUUCGACAACAUUCUACGUUCUUUCGAGAUUUCACAUUCAAUUUUAGAAAAGACAAAAAAUGAUUCCUUAUUCGUCAUCGGCACCGGAAAUUUCGGAAUUUCAAUUUGGGACGACAUCAAUGUUGCGUGA